CGACGAAUAAACCACCGCAUCUUUCCUUGGUCUUCCCCGGGGAAGCCCCGAACCCGCUUCUCUCUUCUCCUCUCCCCUCCUUCGUCCCCACAUUUCUAUGUCCACCUCGCCCAGCCUUGCGGCCCCCAUGGAGGACCAGCGCGAGAUCGCCCUCUUACCGCCAUCCCACGAACAGGUGGGUGAUGAAGCGAAGGGGAUAGAAGGUGAUGAUUCGUGUGGAUCGGCUGCUGAUUUCGGGUUCUGUGCGAUAUGUUUGGAGAAGAUUGUUCUUCAGGAGACGGCGCUUGUAAAAGGUUGCGAGCAUUCUUACUGUGUGACAUGUAUCUUGAGAUGGGCAACGUACAAUCAGAAGCCUUCUUGCCCUCAGUGCAAGCAUCCAUUUGAGUCCCUCCAUGUUCACCGCUCACUUGAUGGCUGUAUUCAUGACUAUAUGUUUGAGGAGAGUGUUUGCCUUCUCCUUCGAGCUACUUGGUUUGUGCCUCUGACAGUACAGACCCAAGAAGAGGCAUCUGCGGAGCCUCAUGACUAUGCCCAGUAUUAUGAUGAUCAAGAUGAUGAUGAUGAUGAGAUAGAUGAAUCUUACUAUAUUGGUGGCUCGUCAAGUAUUCGUAUUGGUAACAGGAGGUGGGGUGACAAUGGUUAUGUGAGGGCAGGAAGGAAGGAAGCACGACCUGUCAAUCGACAAUUUUUGGAUGACUCUGGUGCCGGUCCAUCCCAGUGCCCCAAGAAGAAGGAGCCAUCUAAAGAUGCAACAGGUCGACGCGCAAAAAGGGCGCUGAAGCGAGAAGCUGCAGACAAAGCAGCUGCAGCCAAGCACCAGCAGCACUUGCAGAGGUUGGGUUGCAAGUGAUCUUCUACUUCAAGAAUUAAUCAUGCAGCCUUUCUUUGUAAGAUGGCAACUCAGCUGCAUUUGUACAGUAUGUUAACCUUCUAAAUUCAGCAUAAAGUGUUGUGACAGUGGUCACCAUAUGCAAGUAAGCAUCUUCACAUCACAGAUGCUACUUCUGUUAGGAUUUAAAAUGUUACUUCUGUAAUUUUAUCCUGGUUCAUGAUAUCAUUGCCUAUACCCAUUUAACAA